AUGGCAUCUGCUGAAGAACCCGAAUGUCCUAUCUGUCGUGAGUUUUAUGAUCAUCAAGAUCUUUGUCCUCGGCUUCUCAUUUGCGGUCACACCUUCUGUACAAGCUGCCUAGAGAAGUUAGUCAAGAAUAAUUCCAUUUCUUGCCCAGACUGCAGAAAAAAAACGUCUGUUCCCACUGGUGUCGCAGGACUGACAAAAAAUUAUGCAUUAUUGAAAAUUGGUAACACCACACCUCAAGACGUAGAAGGUUUGCAUAACUGCGAAGAGUGUGAAACCAAGCACCCUGCAACCUCUUGGUGCCUGGAUUGCGAUUACGAUAUGUGCAAAACUGCAGCUCGCUUUCACACUCGUAACAAGGCGAGUCGUGACCACAAAGUUGUUUCCUUGGAGCAAUUGGCCGUGUCCGUUUUCUGCUCUGAACAUAAAGAACAAUUCCGCUUGUUCGAUGCAGAAUGCAAUCACAUGGUCUGUAAGAACUGUGUUACUCUGACGCAUAAGAACCACAGGCUUCUAUCUUUAGCUGACGUUGGUUCAAAGUAUAAACAGGAGAUGGAAACGCUCGCAUCCCAAGCAAGUGCUCGAGCAGAGGUGAUUAAAGAUGCAGAAACUCGGGUGAUAAAUGCAAGUCUUAACAUGAAAAAAGCGUACGAUGAACAGCGGGCCAAAAUUCAAAGCGUAUUUAAAACAGUGAGUUUGUCUUUGUUUCAUGUGAAUUUUUACAUAUAUUUUGAAUCAAUUAAAUUAAACUCAUUUGAUAUGGCGGUACCUAAACCUUGGCUUCAAGAAUCUCAGAAAGCAGCACAAAGUCUGGUUACUCCCCAACCUAACUAUUUAUCUGCCCACCCAGGGUUCUAUCUAGGGUAUUUGAGGGGUAGAAGCUUCCCCCCCAAAAAAAAUAUUGUUAUCAUUACAGUAUUUUUAAAUUACUAAAAGUAACUAUAUCGGAAAAAUCAUCCAGACGCGACGAGAUCAGUGCACAUGAAAUAAGUAUUCCCUGUCUAAGGACGCUAUAUGACAAGGGACAUGGAUCACGAGUAUUACAAGUGUCGUCGUUAAGUUUAUUUAUUUUAUUCACGUACUAACAAGUCAACGAGCAUGUAUAAAUAUUUGUGCAAUUAGACAUGUCGGGUAACUUUUCUUUUCACGUUAGCAAAUAUCGGAGCUAACUGUGUAGUGUCCGAACGUGAUCUCGACCAAAAAGUAGAAUAAAAUACCACCGUAACAUUUCUCAAAAUUGUCUCAAAUGCACCAGAUUGAAUCUCAGCGCCUAUUCAUUUCAAAAAAUUAUCGAGGGGGAAUGUCCCCGGAACCCCCUAGGAAGCUCGUGCCCUUCGGCCACUCGGGAAUUCUCCCCCAAACGAUAAAUCCUAGAUAGAACCCUGCCGCCUAAGUACUGAUCGUUUCUUAGUAACUCCUGAAAUGAUCUACUUUUUUGCUGUUGUUUGUUUAUUUCUUUGUUUUUAUUAUGCCAUAGCUUCAUGACGCAAUCACAACCAGAGAGCAAGAUUUGAUGAAUGAGUUGGAGACACUACACAGCGAAAAGGCAGCCAUACUCACAAAGCAACGAGCCCGCUUGGCUAAUUGUCUAGACUGCAUAAAGGGUACCGUCCAAAGCGUUUUAUCGACGAUCCAAUCCUCUGAUAACGCUAAUAUCCUUUACGUCAGAUCCGCUGUAGAGUCUACACUCGAAGCCGCCACCGAAAACCAAUAUCUAUUGCUUGAGCCAGAAGCCCAGUUUGUACCAGAGUUUACCCGCUGUGAUGAAAGGAAGUUACAGCGAAUGGUAGUUGCACUCAGUAAUGUGGGUGUGGUCGUGGACAAGUCCACGUGUGCAGAAACAACUACAGCUGCUGGUUCGGGUCUUGAACACGCAAAUCCGGGGGAGGUGGCGUCUUUCACUAUCACUGCUCGUGACGCUAAAAAUCGCGCGCGCGAUCUUGGUGGCGAUACUUUUGAAGUUCAGCUCAAAAACGAAUUAGAAGAUAAAGUUAGCGCGGAUGUUCAGGACAAAGGAGAUGGAAAUUAUCUGGUAACUUACACUAUCCCCAGAGGUGCUAAGCGGGUUGAUUACGAAUUGAGCGUACUCUUACGGGGUGCUCCCAUUCAAGGAAGCCCUUUUACCGUACACAUGGCAUCGUUACUACGCCGCAAGACUUACAAAGUGUUGUCCGAUGUAGCCAGUAAAAUAACUCAACAUUAGUUAGAGCAUUCGACUUCUGUGCGUCAAUUCAGUUUGUUUACGAAAACUUGAGUUCCCAAAUCCUAAGUUUUUUUUUCGAACUGAGAAGCUUGUUAGUUUUUUUUUCACAUUACUGCUUACAGGCACUUACAGGCACUUAAUCUAUACUUUAAAAAGAAAAAAAAAAGUAAAUCUAUACAUAAAAGAAAAACAGACUCAAAGUCUUUUUUUAAAAGGAAGGACUCAACCUUUGCUUUUUUUUAAAACAAGAGACUCAAUCUAAACUUAAAAAAAAAAAAAAUUAAUUAUUAAGCGAUGCGCACGAUGCAUUAGUGUUAAUAACGUCGCUUCCUUUUUCCCACUUUUAACCCUCUCCCUUCUGUUGAAAAUUCACUAUUAUUCAUUCGUAGACGAAAAUUGUUCCUCAAAACUCUCUUAAAACGUGGAAUUUUGUGCUCAGCAAUAGUUUUUCAGAUCUGCCAGCAACGUUCACUUUUUUUUCAGCUUCUUAGCUGUACCACAGGCUAAUUUCGCACAAUCGCUUCAUCUGGGAAUUUCCUGAAAAAUAAUUGCGCUUCCCAACUUGUUCAUAAAAGAACAGUAUAUAGUGACGUCAAAGGCGCCAGGAGAUUUCGGAAAAUUUAACAGUAGUUUGAGAACCUGCUUUUCCUUUAGCUAAUAACGAAGAUUGCGAUGACCUUUUUACAUUGAGGUCAUGUCGGCAUGUAGCCUUACCUAUUUAUAAGGGGCCAACCAUUUUUCUUUUGAUGGGGGGGGGGGGGGGGGGGGGGGGGUUAUAUAAAAAAAAUUUCUCGCGUACAGUUUUUAAAGAAAAAAAAAGAGAAAUUUAUACCUGAGGAAGAAAUACCUCUAUAAAAAAAAAAUAUUCAAAUCAACAACAAAUCUAAACAGAUAGCAUGUUUUUCUUUGUGUGGGGGGGGUAGCGGGGGGUAUGGGUGAUUUCAGACAAAAAUAUCCCGCAGACUGAUUUCGAACGAGAAAAAAAGUGAAAAUUUUACCUGGGGAAACGUUCCUGCAUUGAAAAAAAAUAUCUACAUGCUAACAAAAUCCUUAAACGGUUGUAUGUCGGGGAAAAAAUUCUAUCUCCAGAGGUUUGAGAAAAGAAAUUCUUACCCAAACCAUAUCACCCAACCCCCCUAUGCCACCCCCUCAAAAGUCAAAUAGUCGGCCCCAAAGGUAGCAAUCUAUCUGUACUGGUACCCAGGACGCGUUCACACCAAAACCCCGUGCGGACCUGGGCCAUGGUCAAAAGAUUCCCUACCAUCCCCUCACAUGCAGAAGUAAAAUGUUUGUUUUACGACCGAGAGCAUAGUUCUCGUCAAGAGGGCGGAUCGAAGUGUUGUCGGUGGAGAUGUGGUGAAAGAAGUUCUUCCACUCGCUUUAUUGAGUUGUUUGCGUCACUUAAGGUAGGUACAAGUUACAACUUUUUUAAUAAGAAUAUGUCAAGCAAAGCAAGGGUUAUUUUAAGGCAACAGAAUAGCCAAAUUCAAUCAAAUUCAUAAUCACUCAGCCUGAUGUCUCGGAAUUGUUUGAACUCUUUCAAUCUCACAGAGAGUCAAUUACGAAGACAUUAUGAAUCGUUUAAUACUAUUUCGCGCAAAUAGUUUAUAAGAACAGAUUCGACACAGUGUGCAGAAUAAAUGCAUGGCGCUACCGCAUAAAUCUUACCCUUGUUGUUUUAUCAUUCAAACGUAGGCUUUACCCUGUACGCUCCGUUCCUUUUUCUUUUCCAGGUCUAUUUGUGAGCAUAUAAAUUUAUCUGGGAGUGGUGUUGGUCCUAGGAAUCAUAUUGACUUAAAUUCUACUCUUAUGGCAUCUCAGUCUCUCUUGAUUAAGGUAUGUAAGGCUUGUUUCUUGCAAAAAAUCUACUGAUAACUCGCACAACAAUAGCUGCGGUCAUGUAUGGCUUGUUACACUACUCUAAAUCCGAAAAUCCUGCCAUGGCAUAUUUGCGUCUGAAUUUCACCCUUCCCUUUCUCAGACAUGACAUGUACUUUAACACCUAAACUUGAUCUAACAUUAGGCCGUGAAACUAAACCUUUUCAGCUGUUGAACAUCAGUGCUUUUUAGCAUAUGACGAAAUGUUGAAUAUUGGUUCAUUGCUCUUUCUAGCACUCUUCAUUAAUCUUAGCAGUGAAAGUGGAUUUGGUGAUAAAGUAUAAAAUUCAGUUGUUAAAUUACCACGAUGUCUUGGAGGACAUAUACCUGGGUUUUCCAUCAUCUGGUAGGGGGUCCUGGUAGAGUAUUACCCAGAAAAUGAUCUAAAUAUCGCUGGCCGUUCGCACAGUCAAGCGUUCAGUUUACUCAGAUUGACCUAAAUCCGUGCUGAGUCUUUGAAUUUGAUUGAUGAGCAGUCAUAUUCAUUUUUAGGAAAUCAUAAAAAUAUCUUUAUUUAAAAUGUUUAAUAAAUUUUAGGUAAAUUGAAUUUGCUGUGCACUCAAUCAUUAACAUGCAUUUACAGCAAACAACUCUUCAUCGGUAAAUAAUUGUGACUACUGAUCUUGUGCGCACUGACUGUGACUUUGCCAUGAGUCAGCAUGUUAUUUUGAACCGGUCUUUUGAUAGUGAAAUGAAUGUACGCAGUUUUUCUAUAUUGACGGACUGAAAUCCUAAGAAGUUUAACCAAGGAUUAAGAUGCUUUUUUUACAACAACGUUUUUAUUUGUAGAAAUCACAUAACGUUACACUUCAGGUUUACAACAACACGAAACCGAAACUCCAUAGAGGGGCUAUUCCCCUGAAUCAACGAAGUGAAAAAGUUAUGUAAAAAAACAAAACAAAACAAAACAAAAAACAAAGAGCUAUAUGCAAUAAGUUUUUACGACGAAGUGAUGAUUAUACUGAGUGUCUAAAUAUAUAUCACGUGAGCCACAGACGGUCAUAGGAGCAAAUAAGUUACCCCUGGUUUGCUAAAUUACCGGUAUAAGUCAAGAAGUACGAAGUUGUUAACUAUGUAACAGCAAUUCUCACGGCUCAUGAACUUAUGGUACCUGCGUUUCAUCGUGGUCAUCCGAGCCAUGCGAAUGUCUGCCGGCUAUUUGUAGUGCAGGGCAAAGACAGUAACUUCAGUUCUCAGAUAUUUUAAAGCGCUGAGUAUUGGUCCGGCCCAGGAGAUCAACCCAACCGACCAAGCUUAUCCGCGCUUGCAAAUAAAUGCCAUGAUUGUUGCCUUCAGGAUUACUUGGCCUGACUGUGCAGAGAUUUAGUUUCAACACGUUUUCCGUUUUUUUUUUUUCAGACAAUGGCAUCUGCAGAAGGACUAGAGUGUUCAGUCUGUUGCCUCCCUUUUGAUGAUCAAAACAUUUGCCCUCGUAUACUGAGUUGUGGUCACAGCUUUUGUACGAGCUGCCUGGAGCGUUUUCUCACUGCUGAUAACAAAAUUCAGUGCCCCACCUGCAGAGUUGAAGUUAACGUACCUCAUGCUGGAGUAGCAGGGCUACCAAAGAACUUUGCGUUGUUGGACAUAAUUAAUGCAAAUGUCACACUCCAGAAAAAUGGAAAUGAAAGUUCAUAUAUCUGCGAAGUCUGUGAAGAUAAGCAUCCCGCAAGCUUUUGCUGCUUGAACUGCAAAAAGGACUUGUGCAAGGGUGCAGCUCGCUUUCACGCUCACAGCAGAGAAAGUAGUGAUCACCACGUUGUUUCCUUGGAACCACGGGCUGUACAUAAUUUCUGUCCAGAUCAUAAAGAGCCUUUCCAUGUAUUCGACAAAGCCUGUGAUCAUAUGGUUUGCAAGAGAUGCAUCAAGCUAAAUCACAGCGGUCACGAUUGUUUAUCUUUAGCUGAGGAAGCCUCUAAUGCCCGUCAGGAGAUGCAGGCACAUGCCAAUGAAAUAAUUUGUGCUACCACCGGGCAAAUUAGAGAUGCAGAAGCUCAAGUGAUGAAGGCGAGUCUUGACAUAGAAAAAAAUUGCCAGGAACAGGCUACCAUAAUUCAAAGCAAAUUCAAAGAAGUGAGUUUCACUUUGAUUUACACGAAAUACCUUUUUUGGUGUGACAUGGUCGGUUUCCUUACCACGGUUAAAAAAAGAGAACUUAAAAGUAAAAUUUUCAUUUUUUUAAUUCACCUUUUUCUAUCCGUUUCGUUUAGAUUUCAAGUUUUUGAUGUCUUAAUUUUUUUAUAGCUUCAUGACGCAAUUGCUGAAAGAGAGCAAGUUCUAAUGAAUGAGUUAAACCAGCUACAAAAAGCGAAGACAGGCAUCCUCACAGAUCAGCUAGGGCAAAUGCGUAAAUUUCUAGAAGACAUAGAGAAAAACGUAAAUGGAGUUUUGUUUACCAUCGAGAGGUCAGGUAAUGCCAAGCUUCUCGACUCCAGGUCUGUUUUUGAGUCGAUGCUCCGAAACACGGAAAAACAAUCAAUGGUGCUCGUGCCAGAGGCGGAAUGUGUACCAGAGUUCUUGUUUGAGCCAAGGGAAUUACAAAGAGGGCUUGAUAAGGCAGGUGUCGUUUAUGACAAAUCUACCUGUGCAGAAACCACCUAUGUAAAUGGCACGGGAUUAACCACUGCAUACUUGGGAGAAGAGGCGUCCUUCUCUAUCACUGCUCGUGACGCCCAACAACGUAAACGCGAGCUGGGUGGCGACUUUUUCAAGGUAGAGCUUAAGAAUGACUUUGAAGAGAGGAUGGUGGACGCAAAUGUGAAAGACUUAAAUAACGGUAAUUACUUGGUAACUUAUACUGUCCCGUCAGAUUUCAAUUCAGGCAAGUACAGGUUGUCAGUGCGCUUGCGUGGUGCCCACGUAAAAGAUAGCCCGUUUACUGUACGUGUUGCGUCUUCUAUUGGAAAAGCGAUUGAUAAUAUCCGCCAGUUUUUGAAGUAAUUAGUGAUAAGUAAAAAUAGCAGUAGGCAAAUAGACUUUUUUUAUAAGUUUAUCAUCCGUUCACAAGAUUUCCAUGCUGAUCUACUCUUCAAGCGUGAGCCUUGGCCAAGAUAGGUCAUGUACAGUAAAAGAUGUCUCUAAAGAGCUACAGUAACUUCUGUGAUUGUGUUCUGAGAGAUAUACCUCACCUCCUGCUAAUUUCCCCUGUAUUUUUGAAUAAUAUUUAAGAGGAAUUAAACUAAAAUAUCUAUUAGCACUGUUACAGUUGAAAGACGAAUUUACAGUUAGACUAUGAGGUCGAGUUUUCUGUUGGUGGAUAGGGAGCUAAGGAAACAACGACGGUGACGGCGACGGCAACGAGGACGUCAUUUAAAAAGUGAAUUCGCGCUUCUUCAAACUUCAUCGUGCUCAUUCCAUCUCGUUUAAAGCUUUAAAUGUUGGCAACUUUUUCUAGAAAAGAAUUCCAUCGAGUUUGCGCAGUGACGACAAAGAAAUGUACAAAAAGCGUGAUGCACGUACAAGGUUGUUGUUUUGCCAAUCUAAGCAAAUCUAAGGCUAUUCACCUUAUUGCUUCUUUGACGUUCUCGUUGCCGUCACUGUCGUCUUUGCUUUAAGCUCCCUAAUCACAAUGAGGCGCUAUACCCAGUUGACUAUUUCACUCUUAGAAUGCAACUCGAACUUACCCUGUGAGCAGAGGUUUGUCUCUUGCAUGGCUUUUAGCGUUUGCGGAGUCGUUCGCACUUGGCUUAACUGUCGCGUAGACGCGACAGACAAGCCACGCGAAUGACUUCAUAACCGCGCCAUUCAAAAAAGAAACCUCUUCUCGCAAGGUUACUCGAACUCGUAGCUUCUCGUCCCGGGGGGUGCUCAACAAAUGUUUAUACGGGGAGGCUCCGACACGAGGUCCAACCCUUACCUAUUUAUAUACCAUUUUUCACGAAAAAGGUACUCCUGUCGUAUACCUUCUAUCGACAAAUGGUACCCCUUUCACAUACCUUUUUUAAACUUUGUAUCCCUUUUAACUGCUGUAAGUGCACUGUCAUUUAAAUAGGAAUCAAUCCCAAAAUUUAGAACAUUUUCUCGACUUUUUAAAACCAUAAAAUUCAUCUGUCAGCCCUUUUGGGCCCUUUUACAGACCCAAAUGACAGAUUUCUCUACCCUUUUAUAUACUUCAACUUAUGGUGAAAUGUAUCCCUACGCUUUCAUACACUUGAAGCCUGAAAAAGAUACCCCUUUCGGACGGAGCCUACUCGUAUAGGCCAUCAUAGGGAGUACCCUCGCCCGGGCUUCUCGUAGUUGUAGCUACUUGUUUGAGUAGAAACCAUCUAGCCGGCCACAUUUGGAGUCUACACAAAGUUUUGAUGAAAACGUGUAAAAAAGCCUUUGUUUACACAACGUGAAUUCACGAAAACGUCGUUUAUAUUUGGGACCCAAAAUCCGGUAUUUCUGUCGAUGAGAAUCCUCAGUGACUAAGCACGUUGUCUCACUUUGGUAAUUUGUCACAAAGAACCACUAAAAGUUGUACGUUUUACCGUAAAAUGUUCAUUCCGUAUUUUGUUACCGCUUUAGUUUUUUUUCAGCGAUGCGUCAUAUAAUAGUUUAUUUGUAGUUCUUCCUCAGAAACAAGGCAAAAACGAUUUGUUCAAGAAGCUGUAAUUGUUUUUU